UAUCAGAGAGGAAACGGAAAUAAACAGAAAAACACAGCAAUAUUUCACCGUUUCGAGUCGUGCGAGGAAAACCGCUCAACCUCGCUAACGUUUAAAGACUAAUUCACGUGGAUUGUACAUUUAUUAAAGUGACAAGAGGGAGUUUCGGCCCCUACCGCCGUUUUUGAAGGGUUUCUCGCCGUGACCUUUAUGUGAGGAUCGCGACGCGGGACUGAGAGAGCGAGAGAGAGAGAGAGACAGGUGGAGACAAACCGGAGAUCAUUGGGGCUGUGAUCAUCAUCUCUUGAUCUCAUUGUCUGAUCCUGUUGUCGACAAUAGAGAAAUAAACUGCACAAUCCACUGCUUUACUGUGUCUUAUCACAUCUCUCUGGCUGUAUCAUGGAGGCCAUUGCCAAGUAUGAUUUUAAAGCAACUGCAGAUGACGAGCUGAGUUUUAAACGUGGGGAAAUAUUGAAGAAGAAACUCAACAACACGAGGGUAUUAAAUGAAGAGUGUGAUCAGAAUUGGUAUAAAGCUGAACUUAAUGGAAAAGAUGGUUUCAUUCCUAAAAACUACAUUGAGAUGAAGGCACAUCCGUGGUUCUUCGGGAGAAUUCCCAGGGCCAGAGCGGAAGAGAUACUCAACAAACAGAGACAUGACGGAGCGUUUCUCAUCAGAGAGAGCGAAAGCGCGCCCGGAGACUUCUCACUUUCGGUCAAGUUUGGUAAUGACGUCCAGCAUUUUAAAGUGCUGCGCGACGGUGCCGGAAAGUAUUUCCUUUGGGUCGUGAAGUUUAACUCGCUCAACGAACUCGUGGACUAUCACCGCACCACCUCCGUUUCCCGAAACCAACAGAUCUUUCUACGAGACAUCGAGCAGGUGCCUCAGCACCCAACGUACGUGCAGGCACUUUUCGAUUUCGACCCGCAGGAGGACGGAGAGCUCGGCUUCAGACGCGGAGACUUCAUUCAGGUCCUGGACAACUCUGACCCCAACUGGUGGAAGGGCGCCUGUCACGGGCAAACCGGCAUGUUCCCACGCAACUACGUCACGCCUGUUAGCCGGAACAUGUAAAACCUCGAGCAAUUAGUAAACGAAUUAUUAACGGCCCUUCACAUUCACAUACAAUCAGACUACCCUGUAUUUCCCCUUCAACACCCUUAAAGUCCUGUGAAUCCAACGUUGCACAGAAGAAUGAUGGAAAUCGUGAAAGAACGGAGAAAAAUAAGUGGCGGAGAGGCCGGAGGUGCCUGGGCGAAACUAUAAUUCCUGAGAAUUUUUUUAUGUCUUCAAGAACGCUUGCAAGUCAAGACUGAGCUGGUAGGGUAAAAACAAAAGCUGAAUCUUAGCGUAGUACACGGAGCAUAAAUUAAAACAACAGCCAUUCUGUCUGUAGAUUUAUCUGCUGCUUUUAUCUUCUGUUGUUGUCUGCAUAUAGUUUUUUGUUUUCCUCUUUGUUUUGUUUUUGUUUUCGGCUGCAUGUUUAAAUCUCUUUAUAAUCCUAAAGCUGUUUUUAAAAAGAAAAAAAAUUGAAAAACAUAUAAAACGUAAAAUUGCAAAUUGUACAUCUGGGCUGUGGAAAAAAAUCACCUAUAGAGAGAAUCCAUUUUUUUAAGAAUAUAUAUAUAUUAUAUAUAUUUGUAUGUGUCUGUCCGUUUUACCUCUUCAACACUUUUUUUAUUUUCCUUAUUUUUUUCCAAAUUGUAAAUUAUGUUUUUUUUCUAAGAGGGUGGAUGAAACCGAGUAGCUCGGGGACACGCUAACUCGUCUGUGUCAUUUUAUAAAUAUCUGAGAUUUGUCAGACGCAACACCAUAGUGUUUAACGCAUCAUGUAUUCGAUUUGACAUAUGGGUGAGUGGAUUUGUUAAUAAGCUUCCACGUGCAUGAAAUAAACGCAGGCGGUUGAUCUAAUGUGAAAUCCACAAGGCUAGCCACCGUUUUAAGCCGAUGUAUUUAUUGCAGCCACUUUUGUUUGUGUUAGGAUGUGAAUGUAGCUGACAUCACUCUGUAGACUUCACCAGGGAACCAAGAUGGGAGGACUAGACCAACAGUUGCAUGAUUAUAAUGACAUGUCUAUGUACAGUGUCCAAAUCCAUACACAUAUUGCAUUCGUGAAAAUCAUGAGGUUUGGUGUUGAAUCGCUGAGAAACUGGCGGUAAGCCAGUGAAAAGAAAGAAACCAGAGAGUUUUCGUAUAUGAAUAAUGAAGUUUCUUUGGUUUUGGUUUCGAUUCGUUUUUUUGUGUCGUUUGUUUUGCCUCUUUUACGUCCCUCCCUUGUAUUAUUGAUCCCUUAAAUUUUUAUUCGUGAUGUUUAUGUUCUCUCUGGAUUAGUGCCUUUUUCUCUGGUGUCGCAGUGUCUGUGGCUCACUGCUGUAGGCCGAGCUUUGGGCUUCGACCGACCCGCAGUGAGAAAUCGUGUGCGUCCCCCAGCCUUCCCCCUGCUCUCGACCACACCUGAAUACACAGUCCCUACUAUUUAAAUGUCUUGCCUUUUUCUUAACUUUUUGUUGCUUUAUUCCUUGUUUCUUUUGAAUAAAAAUGAAAUUAUAAAAAGAAA